AUGAAGCCAUCUGCAAUAUCUUCAACAACAACAUCAUCAUCAUCAUCAUCGUCUACAGUGAACAUACCUAUACCUCUUGUGGCCACUGUCAUUUCAACAUCACCUACGUCACCAAACAAAGUUACAUCGACCAGUGGUUCAGGCUCACCUCUCUCCCUAUCAUUAUCAACAUUGGCAGCCAGUGGAGAUGGUGGAAGUAGUAGUGGUAUAAGUGGUCCAUCAUCAUCAUCAUCAUCGUCGUCAUCAUUAUCAAAGAAACAACAACAAUUACUUGUACCAUCAUCAAUCAUUCGAGAAGACACAAACAACAACAACAAUAACAAUGAUCAAGAUAAUAACAAUAACAACAAUGCCAGUGGAAGUGGAAGUGGCAGUGGCAGUGGCAGUGGAAGUGGAAGUGGAAAUAGACCAAGGAUCAAACUGUCUGGUGGCAGUCCAGGCACAAUACAACAAGCAAACAGUUGCAUACCAUUCUUCUUUGGCAACCCUCGUAUCGAAGUGACCGAAGGUGUCAUCCACCUCUUUGUCAACUCUGAAUUAUCCAAGCUACAACAGAACACUUCAUUUUGUAACCUACCCACCACACGAAGUAACAUUAUAUGUAUAGAAUCAAUACCAUCUUAUGUAUCUAUACCUGACUUGAUACAUUACUUUAACAAUGGAAUCGAGUCGAUAUCGGAUAUGAAGGUGAUUCGGGACGCUUCACCCAAUCGAUAUAUGGUGUUGUUGCGCUUCCACGAUCAGCCGCACGCCGACGAGUUCUAUCAAUUGUACAAUGGCAAGCAGUUCAACUCGUUCGAGCCAGAGACUUGUAUAUUGAUGUUUGUGGCCAAGGUCGAGUACUGCUCGCCGUCCAACCAGCUGCUGCUACCGGCACCUGGUGGCACGAUCGAGCUGCCGACAUGCCCCGUGUGCCUCGAGCGCCUGGACUCGUCGACCACGGGCAUCGUCACGGUGCUCUGCCAUCACACAUUUCACUGCGACUGUCUGGCCAAGUGGCGCGGCGACAACACCUGUCCGGUGUGCCGCUACGUGCAGAUCCCCGAAGUCGAGGCGAACAAUGUGUGCGCCGAGUGCAACUCGACCGAGUCGCUCUGGAUCUGCAUCAUCUGUGGCAACGUCGGAUGCUCGCGAUACGUCAACUCUCACGCCAACCAUCAUUACGAGCAGACGAUGCAUACAUACGCACUAGAGCUAGAGACACAGCGUGUAUGGGACUAUGCCGGCGAUGGCUAUGUCCACCGACUUAUCCAGAACCGUGCCGAUGGCAAGGUGCUUGAGCUACCCAACCCACACGCCAGCUCGGACGCACGCACCGGCUCGCAUCUCAAGGAGGAGAAGAUCGAGUCGAUCGCCAUGGAGUACAACUUUUUGUUGACCAGCCAGCUGGAGCAGCAGCGCGCAUACUUUGAGCAGCAGCUGGCAAGGAUCGAGAAGGAAGCCAUCCACAGCACGAGCGUAAUGAAGGAGGAGAUGGAUAGGAUCAACAACAGGUGGCAGAGCAAGUGUCAGCGACUGAAACAAAAGAUGGACGAGAUGGACAAGGAGACCAAGUUCCUGCGACAGAUCAACGAUGCCAUGCGUGAGAAGCAGGACAAGUUCAAAGAGAUGGAAGGGGACAAGGAACAAAAGAUCAUCGAACUAUCCGAAGAGCUACGAGACAUGCGAUUCUUUAUCGGUGCACAAAAGACCAUUGGAGAGAAUAGUGAGAUGAAGGAUGCUUCACUCUUUGUUCCAGCGCCAAUCAAGAAGAAGAACAAUAAAAAGAAGUGA